AUCAUUGUUGCCCCCUUUAUUUAUUCAGGAAAGGUGUUUUUUUAAAAAAAGAUCGGUGAUGAACCGAAAAUGAGAACCCUCGCCAUCCUCGCCUUCCUCCACCUCUCCCCCCUCAUGUCCGCCUCGAACGACACCUCGACCCCCGAGACCGGGAACUCCACGAUCCCAGCCGGGAACUCGACGACCAAAGCCAACCGCUUCGAGACGGCCUACUCCCAGCUGAUGAAGCCGGGCGCGGCGACCAGAGGCUUCUACGUCCUCCUCGGGCUCAUGGUCAUCGUGCUCAUCUACUUCGUCUUCCGCGCCUUCAGGUAUUUCGUGCAGUUAUUCGCCGAUCGCCGUCGAAACAUCUCGCGCGACCCGUGUGACGGUUUAUUCGAACCGGCCGUGAACGAAUCCGAGGGUCCAUUCCCGCCGCGGCGACGAAUCGUCGCCGGUCGCCGAGCCAGCGGGAAGGAUCGCGUCCUCGUCCGCCGGGAGGGACGAGGAAUGCGAGGACGUCCGCUGGACUUCCUCCGGCCGGCGAGGUCCGACGAUCCAGCCGCCGGUCGACGGGAGCGAAGGGAUCGCGAAGGGGAAGCGGCGAGUUCCAGCGUCUGGAGGAAGAGAGCGGCGGCGAGGACGAGGAGGACGCGCUCUUCCACAAGCCCAUCGCCCCUUCCUCCUAGGUGGUCCAAGCGACUCGGUGGUCGGGGCUUCCUCCUCUUUGCACUUUCCUUCUCUCCCCUUUGUGUGGUGCGGGUGGAAGGGGGGGCGGAAUCGGGGCCGCGGGCCGCUUUGCGGGACCGCAGGCCGAGGGCGACGCGGGCCCGCAAUGCGGUCGUCCCGCCCCCACCUCCAUCCACAACCUCCAGCUGCUGCAUUCAUCCCGAGCCAGAGCCAUUCGCCGUCGGGCUGUCGUCGCGUUCGCAUCUCGCGUGUCGCUCGUGUGCAGUCCUCGUCGCUCUCCUUGCUCGUCAUAACGACAUAUAUUCCAGGUGUCACGAGGGGCCGCAAUUGUGGGGCAGGGACGAUCGCCUCGACGAGGUUGAUGAUUCGCGGGACCCGGAAGAUGCCACCGUCUUCUCGUAUGUCGGGCACGAAUGCGAAAUCACGCCCCCGGGGUGGAAUUACGUUUUGGCACGACUCGGGGCUGGGUGGGUCCGGAUGAUGGAACACCUCUCGUCGAACAGGGGACCUCCACCCACCCGGUGGAGGACCUCCUCGCCUCGCCCAGAUGUCCUCCCUUGGGGGAUGUUUGCCCCGACAAAAGGGAGGGAAACGGAAAUGGCGGGGGCCCCCCCACACCAAACAGCCAUCGCAAUCCGGUGUGAAACAAUUCCCGGGUGGCGCAAUAUCCGCCCGCACGAGAAAACCCAGGACGUCGCCCGUCCGGCCCCGUCCCGACUCGGUGAUGGUGAGAGGAUGAAGAGGUGGAGUCUGUUGAUGGUGUUGGGGGUGGUGUCCGCGGUGCCGGUGUGGAGGUGUCCGGUCCCGGACUCGGAAGCCGGAUCGCCGCCGUGCUCCUGUGAUAUCCCGCACACGAUGAGGUGCGUGACGAGGGCGAAGGACGCGGAUCCGGAUCGGGUGUUGGUGGGGGUGAUACACGGGUUGAGGGGGUUGGAGGGGGAGGAGGGGGUGAGCCUGCUGGACCUGUCGCUGCAGGGGGUGAGACGCCUGCCGGAGGAUGGGUUCGGGAACGUGAGUCUGCAGGGGCUGGUCGUUUCCACGGGGGACUUGGUGAUUCCGCCGGAUGCGUUUCGGGGGUUGGCGAUGAGACUGGUGGCGUUGGGGCUGCCGGGUAACGGGCUCAAGGUGGUGCCGAUGCAGGCGUUGAGUCCCUUGACCGGGCUGCAGAGGCUGGAUCUGUCGAAGAACGAGUUGGAGUCCGUUCCGGCGUUUCGGACUUCCCUGGACGAUCUGGAGCUGCUGGAUCUCUCGAGCAACAAGAUCUCGAAGCUGGCGCCCUAUGCGUUUGCGGGGCUGAAGAGCCUGAGGAGCCUGUCGCUCAACAACAACAGUCUGGACGCGGAGGCGCUGAAGAUCCCGCUGGUCAGGAACGGAUCGUCCAGGCUGGAGGAAUUGUCUCUGAGGGGGAACGGACUGAAGGGAGCCGUGACGCCGGAUUUCCUCCCGCCGCUCGACGGCCUCAAGAGCCUGGACCUGUCAGAGAACGACCUGAGCUGGGUGAAGCGGGGAGCCCUGGGCGCCUCCACGCCCUUCCUCCGCCGGCUGAUCCUCGCGGGCAACCAGGUGGAGGUGGUGGAGGACGACGCCUUCGCCCACCUCCCGAAGCUGGCCUUCCUCGACCUCAGUCGCAAUCGGAUGGUGGCCGUGUCCGCUCGGUCGCUCUCGGGGCUGGGAGGCCUCAGGGUCCUGCGCCUGGAUCACAAUCAUCUCAGGGCCAUCACUGGGGAUCUCGUCGGGGGGCUCACGGCGUUGCAGGUCCUGGGGGUCAGGGAUAACGAUAUCUCCAUCGUCGAGGGGCGGGCCUUCGCGAACGCCACGGUGCUCAAGAAGAUCGAGUUACACGACAACCCACUUCACUGCGACUGUCGCAUGGCCGAAUUCGGGUCGUGGCUGUCGCGGAACCCGUACCUGUCCGAGGAGGAAAAGGCGUCGGCGGUGUGCGCGACGCCGCCCGUGCUGGAGAACGCGGUGCUGUCGCGGCUCGAGGCGUCGCAGCUGACGUGCGAGGACGAUCUGCACGGGUACUACCCGGGGGAGGCGACGCGGGUCCACCGCGAUCCGCCGGAGUCGCACUUCAAGCUGGAGGUCGAGGAGGCGUUCUACGACGGGGAGGAGUUGAACUUGGAGUUCGGGGUGGACGCGGACGUGGGGACGGCGUGCAACGCGCUCUUCGUCUACGAGGAGGUGUCGGGAGCGGAUCUCCUCUUGGAGGCGGUGCCGGUGCCGGCGUGCAAUCGGUCGAUGGGGGGGAGGAGGAUACACGUGGCGUUCGUGGACGUGGAGUUGGUGCAGGGGAGGCGGUAUCGGUUCUGUCUGUCGGUGGUGAAGAGCGAGGCGAAGGCGGACGACGAGGCGCUGUGGGUCGGGUGCUCGGAUCCGACGACGUUGCGAAGGGGGGCGGUGGCUCCGGAGGUGACGUCGUCUGGGAGGGCCGGAACGGCUUAUAAGUCGAGGAUCACGGCCUUCUAUGCGAACAUGAGUGCGGGGAACAGCGUGUCCGUGUUCCUUCGACUGGAUUCCCGAGAGAAGGAAGACUCGGAAUGCGGGAUCCAGUUGAUAUUGGAGGCGGGGGAGGAGAAGAUCUCCGAGACCGUCCUCUGCAACGUGACGAAACACGACUUCAAGCACGUCCCGCCCUCCGACACGUACAGAUCGUGUGCGAAAGUGCUGGGCGAGGAACGGGACUUCACGUGCGUGGACGUGGUGCUAACGGGGGCGGGGAGCGUGAGCGUGACGGCCAUCGUGCUGACGGCCCUCUUCGCCGUCCUCUGCGCCCUGGCCGUGCUGGCCAUGUACGCCGUCGCGCGUCACGUGGUGAAGGCGAGGAAGCGGACGGCGAUACUCGAUCCGGAUUCGCCGUGGAUGAGGACGAGACGGCGAUUUUAUUCCACGUAUUCGUCGUCUUCGUCGUCUGCUGACGAACAGAGGUGAUUUUGAGGGACGAGUGAGGGAGAUAUUUGAUGUGCUCAGGGCG